GUUGUUUUGUUGUUAUUAAUCGCCUGUCGGCUGCCGGCCUUGAAACUAAGUUUUUUACUAAACCAUUUGUAAAAGAACUUAGCCGCUGACCCUACCGACCUCCCCGACGCCAUCCCCGUGAUCCGCACGAUGGACACCCCGGACGCUGACGAGGCACCACCCCGCAAGGCGCCUCGACUAGAGGACGCGAGGGUGCAGCAGCUGCUGCGGGACGUGGACGCGGGAAGGCAGGUGGUGAAGCAGCUGCGGGGAGCAGUCGGCCAGCUGCGGCAGGUGGCGGAGGCUCUGGACCACGACCUGGACUCGGCGGUCGCUCAGCUGCAGCUGGUGGAGGCGGCUCUCGAGAAGGGAAAGCGAGGGGAGGCCACAGAAGAUGUCGCACCGGACUUCUCGGCAAAGCAGUUGGAGCUGCAGCGACUCCGCGACGCUCUGCGCCCUGUGUUUGUACACUUUCAGCUGGAGAAGUCGCUGCUGUCGCUGCCGGACCUGCCCCUGCUACGGGUGCUCUCCUACUUGCCGCGCAAGGACCUGGGGGCCGUCGGGGAGGCGAGCCCUCGGCUGGCCGCGCUCAUCAGGGAGCACUCGUCACUGUGGCGGAAGGACCACACUUCUCAUCAGCUCCGUAACGUCGAAGAGCUGACGAGAUUUUUGAGAGUCAUGCCGCCUUUCACCCGCAUGAUCUUUCGACUCGAUCGUUCUUCUCGCCAUCUCGUGUAUUUCCCCAGGUAUCCUGAAAUGUGGCCCUUUAACUUGUUGGCUGUGGUCGACACCGACCCGGAGUGUUGCGCCGGCAUCCUCCGUGAGUUUGGAGCUCGUCUGGAGCAUCUUCAUAUCGUUGGGAUUCGCCGCGGCCGCGAGCUACAGGUGUUCCUCUCCAGCUUACGUCAUGCGCCCUCCCUGCAGAGGCUUCGGCUGAGCUUCGAAAAUUAUAAUGACUUGUGUAGCUUCAGAUGGGGGAAGGUGAGUUUCCUUGGUGAAGUGGUGUAG